AUGGAAUUUAAAUCUUUGAGCCAUUAUAGUAUACCGAGUCACGUGCUGAUGCGAAUGUUCGGGUACUUGGCGACGAUGACGGUGCAAGGCGUGAACGGGCUCAUCAUGCUGAGCAGCUUCCGAGGGGACGCGAUGAGAGACACGAAAGUACUACUCUACUACAACAACCAGACCAGGUUCAUAAGCUGCUGGACCUUUGUGUUUCAGAUUGUAUACGCGGCUAUUGCACUAGCCUCCGAUGUCGUUACAUUUAAGAAAGACAAAAAACACAUCGAACAUUUGCAAAGAUUAGUGACGAUCCGAGAUGUGUUCUUCAGCAGUAUCAUCGUACCGUAUUCAUUGGUCGUCUCAACCGAAUUCUGGGCGAUAUACCUGUACGAUCGGAAUUUGAUAUUGCCCAGUUUCAUGAAUAAAAUCAUCAGUCCGUUGUCGAACCACAUCGUUCACACGUGCGUGGUGCCGACCGUGCUCUUCGAGAUGGCGCUGAGACCUCGAAAGACCCCGAAGUCCCACAAGUGGAACCUCUCUGUAUUGGCGCUUGUCACGCUCGUCUAUUUGUGUGUAUUACUUUACUCAUAUUACGAAGGCGGAAAAUGGCCUUAUCCAAUAUUAACCUACCUCCAAGGAACAAUUUACUUUAAAAUUUUCGUUAUCGGAACAUUACUAUCGCUACCAGCGUGGUAUUACAUGCAAUGGUGUAUCACGAAGAUAAUUUGGCGGGAGGAUUGCUUAGAAAAAGAGAAAAAUACACUUUAGAUUGUGCCCUGAAAGCGACAUCUAGUCAAUAAUAAAAUCAACUUUUACUAAUUUAAACCGAGAUUAGUUUCGUUUCAAACGUGAACGAUAGAUGGCGCUGU